AUGGAUAAUUCAAAUAAUUCCGAAAAAUAUCAAACCAUUUCAACAUCUAAUCAUCAAAAAGCGAAACGUUUAAAAAUAUUACAAGAACUUGAAGAUCGUAAACUUCAAUUAAAUCAUAAUCGAUUGUCAAAAGAACAAAAUAAAAUUUGUAAACAACUUGAUUUUCAACGUUCACAAUUUACUCGAAGAUUUUCUGAAUCAAAUUUUAAUUUAUCUAAUGAAGAAUUAUCACCGAAAUUAUCAAAAAAAAUUGAAAAUGUAACAUUUGAUUCAAAGAAAUUAAAACAACUUAAACAUCAACAUUCAUUACUAACUGAUGAGAAUUUAAAGUCUUAUUGUCGUUUAUAUUCACAUGAUGAUAAUAAUAAUCAUGAUGACGAUAUUGGAAAAACCAGUACAAAUCAACCAUUUUGGUUACGAUUACGUUCUUUAGGUGUUCCAUCAGAUGAAGAUACAUUGUUAGCUGCAUUAACUUGUAAAAAUAUGAAUAUUGAUGAGAAAGAGGCACCAGAUGUUGAUGAUGCUGAAGAUGAUGAAGAAUAUCAAGAAAUUUACUUAAAACAACGUUCAACUAGUCUAACAGGAGCUGAUUUAACAUUUGAAAAUUUAUUAAAUAACAAUAACAAUAAUAAUAUUAGUAGUGAAACUAAUAAUGAAAAACGAAUUAAACGUUCAUUAAGUUUAGAAGAUAAAAAACCUGAUUGGUUAUUAGCAUUAAAUCGAAUGAAACGUGAGAAAUUAUCUCGUCUUAAUUCAAAUGCACAAGAAGAAAUAACAGCAUUAGUAAGCGGUAAUAAAUUCUAUGGUACUAAACGACCGAAUGUACUCACUGUGAAAUAUCAGUCACGUAAAGAUCGUCUUAUGAAAUCACAUAGACAUACUGUUGUUGGCAUAACACAUGAAUUUGCACCAAUAUAACAUAUAUAUCAUACAUACUGAGAGAGAGAGAGAGGAAAGAGAUAGUCAGUGUUUUCAAUGGAUUCAUGUUUCACUAAAUACAUUUGAUUGUUUUCUUGUAAUAUUUACAUUUCAUGAAUUGUAGCAAGUUUCUUCUGUUAAACAUACAUAUAUUUGCCCCAAUUUUCAUUUUAUUCAAUGGAAUCUAACAUAUAUAUACAUAUACAUAU